AAUAACAAAUAAUAGAAUUCAAUAAUAUUCUUAAUACAUUAAAAAAGAUGUUAACCGACUAAAUUAGAGUGGAAGAAUAAAUAGAUUCCUCUUAUCAAAAUGAUAUUAAAGUGGAACAAAUUAAUUAAUUGACAUAAGAAGAUAAAAACUAGUUGAAUUUUGAAGAGGCUGAAAGAUUAUUCAACAAAGGAGUGGCUUUAAGAAAAUUAAAUAAGUAUUAGGAAGCAAUUGAGUGUUACGACAAAGCUAUUUCCAUUAAUCCUAAUUAUAAUUUGGCAUGGAAUAAUAAGGGCUUUACAUUAAAUAAUCUAAAGAAGUAUUAGGAAGCAAUUGAGUGUUACGACAAAGCUAUUUCCAUUAAUCCUAAUUAUGAUUUGGCAUGGAAUAAUAAGGGCUUAGCAUUAAAUAACCUAAAGAAGUAUCAGGAAGCAAUUGAGUGUUACGACAAAGCUAUUUCCAUUAAUCCUAAUAAUGAUAAUGCAUGGAAUAAUAAGGGCUUUACAUUAAAUAACCUAAAGAAGUAUUAGGAAGCAAUAGAGUGUUACGACAAAGCUAUUUCCAUUAAUCCUAAAUAUGAUGCUGCAUGGAAUAAUAAGGGCUUUUCAUUACAUAGUUUAAAGAAAUAUCUGGAUGCUAUUACAUGCUAUGAUUAAGCUCUGUCUAUUUGCAUUAAUCCUGUUCGACUAAAAAAUAAAGGUAUAUCUUUUAAAUUUAAUUUCUAUUUAGCUGAUUCAUUAUUUGAGUUGCAAUUGAAAUAAGAAGCUAAGAAAUUUUAUUUGGAUGCAUUACGCCAAGGAUCAAAUGACAAGGAAUACAUAAACAGAUAACUUGCCAAAUUAUGA